UUAAUUAGAGAUUUGAUUUCUUCUGCCUUCGCCACCGCCCAAGACAGAACCGGACAGAACACAUGUUAAUCACUUUGAUACUACAGAUAUUUGAGUACAACUAUUAAUAGUGCCCGAUCGGGGUUUGUUCCAGUUGAUCAAAGAAGACUCCACUAUCCAACCACAAUCAGAAAUCCCGAUUCGCAUUCAAGGCUGGCGUAGCUUGUACGCCAUUACUGGGUAUUCAAAUAGUAAAUAAACCUGUGAGACGGGUGGACCAAUUCUCGGAAGCGAGCCAAUUUACGACAGAUUUCUUUCGGCGAACGACUCAAGCUUCUAUCAAGCCAUGAGCUCCAGCAACCACACUGGGAUUUACGGUGGUUCAGAUGACCCCUGCAUUCUGGGUUACACGAACGGCACAUAUCCUAAUGGUACCUUGGGUCAAGGGAACUGGCGCAGAUAUGGCGUUUACAUGCCCUCAGCGCUGAAAAGCAGCAUGCCAAGCGCCAAUGAUCCGUGGGUAUGGACCCAAUACUAUGGCUGGUGGACGACCUACUUUAUCUUGUUUGGCGUGGUGACGGUCUCGUUGGUUAAUGGUAUCAAACGAUUGCAUAACUUGAACCGCAUCAUGGGCCUUCCAAGUGUGAUCUACCAUCAUCCGAAAAUUUCAGCCCUCUUCAGGAUGGGGAGUUAUCCUCAACUGAAAGCAUUUCGGAUACAUCUUCCUCCACUUGGACCUUCUAUCUUCCUGUUUGGCUUCCUAACCUAUAGCACUCUGGUAUGUUUCUUGCGAAGACCGUACUACCGACCACCGCAUUAUGGUGGAUCACCUUUAGGAAUCAGAGCAGAAUGGGUCGCUACCGCGAUGGCACCUUGGUUGUAUGCUACGGCCACAAAGAGAAACUUUCUGGUAUAUGUUACUGGCGUCAGUUUCAAAAGGAUCAUGGAUUUCCACAAAUGGGCACCGUGGAUUUGUUUAUAUAUGUCCAUUCUUCACACGUGGACCAUGAUUAUCAGGAUCGAACGUCAGCAACCAUGGCAUUACACCAUCACCCACAAUAAACUGUACUGGAAUGGAUUCCCGCCCCUCCUUGCAUUGGGGUGGCUAUGUGUCAUGAGCUUAGGUCCAAUCAGAGCAAGAUUCUAUGAAAGUUUCUUUAUUUUUCACAUGAUUGCUGCGUUCAUUUUUCUCGUCUGGAUGUACAUUCACUUGGAAAACGUUUUGGAAUCUUGGCAAUACAUGCAUGCUGCGACCGUCCUCUGGGCAGCAGGGAUAUUAUGGCGAUUACUAGCGUACACUUUGGAUCACGGAUGGUUCAGUCGAGUUCCGCGUGCCACGAUCGAAGCCCUCCCAUCGAACGCGGUCAGAAUUCGAAUUCCGGUGCCUAGUUCGCGCGUCUGGAGUGCAGGCUCUUAUGUUUAUCUUCGCUUUCCAAGCAUCAAGCCUUGGCAAUCACAUCCUUUCACCAUCUCAUCGCUUCCGACUCCAUCUCAGAAUGGAGACGAAGGAAACGAGAUGGUAUUCGUACUCCGUCCUCGUGAGGGCUUGACUGCCCGUUUGAAAACUCUGGCCAACAUGCCCACAUUACCAGCAAUCCGAUCUUGUUUGAUCGAUGGGCCUUAUGGAGGUUUCAUGGACUCUCUGCGAGCUUGCGACACGGUCUUACUGGUAGCCGGGGGUACAGGCAUGGCAGCACUGAUUUCAAUCGCUCAAAGCCUACAGCGAUGCGGAUCUGCAAAAGGAAUGUCGUGCUGCACUGCUUUAGAAGUCCAUUGGGCUGUCAGAGAUUCGGUGUGUCUCGAAUGGUUCCGUGAACAGUUAAACGAAAUCGAUAACGUGAAGGUAUAUGUCACUAAUGAGGCCCAGCCGGAAGAAGCCAACCAAGCUAAGAUGGAAACCAAAGAACAGGAGAAGGACCCGUUAGAAAUUCGAGAGCAGGAAAAGAAAAAUACCUCUACCCCGUCUCUGCAAUCUCAGACUCGCUACUGUCGACCCAAUCUCCCUGAAAUCAUCCAAGAGGCCGCUGCACGGUAUCCAGGGCGUAUUGGGGUAAUGGUUUGUGGGCCAAGCUCCUUGGUCACUGAAGUCAGAAACUCAGUUGCCAAACUUCAAAAAUCAAUCCUCUUCUCAGACGAAAACGUCAAAUGUAAUGAAUUGGAGCUCUAUCAAGAGUCCUUCGAAGACUAGAUCAGAAAAGAAAAAAAAAUAAAGAAAGCAUGAAUGAAUGAAAAAAGACUAUCAAACUGCUGUUUGUAUUUUUACUUAUCUGAAAAGUUCUUCUUCUGGUCGGAUGUUGUUUGGUUUUUCUACUUUUGUUUUGUUUUGUUCCUGGUGGAGAAAAUGAAUACUUUUUAUG